UAUUUAUACAAUUCACUUUUCUGAUUAAACCACUACCACACUCACACUCUAUUGAUUUUGGUCAUGGAGAGGAAAACACUCGGCAUUUUGUUCAUGCUCUUCCUUGUCUUAGCCGCUGAUGUUGCGGUGAAGACAGCAGAGGGUCGAAGGUGUGAAUCUCAGAGUCACAAGUUUAAGGGACCAUGUGUGAGUGACAGCAACUGUGGAUCGGUAUGCAGGGGUGAAGGUUUCAUUGGUGGUGAUUGUCGGGGUGUCCGUCACCGCUGCUUUUGCACCAGAAAUUGUUGAAACAACGUACGCCCACCAUGCUUCUAAUGAAUAAAUAGCUCUAACUCAUGAUAGAUACAUGGGCUAGCUUAGCUAGUGUUAUGCAACGAUCAUGUCUAUGAUCUUUCAUCUCGUUCUUAUUAUAUAUCGUAAUAAUCAUCAUAUAGUGUACCAAGUAUAUCUCCAUUUCUACUAAUAGAGCUUUCAAAAUGUGCCAUGCUGGUCCGAAAUGCUUAACUCAAUUGACAAAUGUGGUCAUUAUUAGAUUUGGACA